UUUAAUUCACUUCUUGAGCAGCAUAUAAGCUCCAGCUGUCUGUACUUGCAGCUGCAGAGGACUUAAGGAGAGUGAAAAGGAGAGUGACAUAACAAGGGAACACCAGGGACAAAAAAGUUCUUGAGUCCCACUUUAACCGGCACAAAGGAGGAAAAAGAUUUGACUUCUUUUUGGACCUGAUUUAUUUUUUUAAUUCUUCACAAGGAAAAAUUUGGACAAAAAAAUAGAAGCAUCUCUAAGCCUAUUCAUGAAUAUCAUCUGAGAGCUCUUCAAGCCGGAUUCGGUGCAGUCAUGCAGUUCCAGUGGAAUAUUGUGGCUUGUGUGAACUCCUUGCUCUUUGGGUUUGUUCUCUGGAGCUCCGCUGAAGAAUAUGAUUACUACAGCUGGCAGUCGGACAAUUUUCAGAACGGACGCUUUUACACCAAGCAGAGCCAGUGCGUGGACAUCCCCCAAGACCUCAGCCUGUGCCAUACCGUUGGCUACAAGAAAAUGAGGCUGCCCAAUUUGCUCGACCACGAGACCAUGCCCGAGGUGAAGCAGCAAGCCAGCAGCUGGGUACCACUGCUAGCGAAGAGAUGCCACAGAGAUACACAACUUUUCCUAUGUUCUCUCUUCGCGCCCAUUUGUUUGGAGAGACCCAUUUACCCGUGCCGGUCACUGUGUGAGGUGGUGCGUGACAGCUGUGCCCCAGUCAUGGAGUCCUACGGUUUUCCUUGGCCGGAGAUGCUGAACUGUAAUAAGUUCCCCAUCGAUAACGACCUGUGCAUCGCUGUGCAGUUUGGAAGCAAGCAAAAAAGUUCUCUGCCUCAGGGAAGUACAAUCUGCACUCAGUGUGAAAUCGAGCAAAAAUCUGAAACCAUGAGGGUACAAUACUGUGCCAGUGAUUUUGUUCUACGGAUGCGUAUUAAAGAGGUGAAGAUUGAGAACGGCGACCGAAAGCUCAUCGCAGCUCAGAAGAAAAAGAAAGUAUUAAAAGCGGGAAAGCUAAAGAGGAAAGAAUUCCGCAAGCUGGUUUUGUACAUCAAGAACGCAGCGGGCUGCCCGUGCCCUCAGCUUGACAAUCUGAGCGGCAGCUUCCUCAUCAUGGGCCGGAAGGUGGACAAUAAGCUUCUACUUACCGCCAUCUACAAGUGGGACAAAAAAAGCAAAGACAUGAAGUAUGCCGUGAACUUCAUGUUUACCUACCCCUGCUCCGAAACCAUUUCUCACAGCGCGGGGUCACACUUAGCAUCUUUCCGCUAAGAUGAAUGUCUAGAGAACUCAAAAGAAGAAGCCCUCACCCAGCCUUACCAAAUGGACUUUAUAUCUUAGCAAUAGCAGUAACAUAGCAUACUCAGCUUACAAUAAAGAAAAAAAACACUAGGGUAGUCAUUGCAAAUGAAUCAGCAGACAGGGUGAAGAAUGUGAUCCUUGCAAGAUGAGACACGGCAAACGGGAAAACGAACGCACAGCUUAACUUGAACGAUGUUGAA